UGUGAACUGGAGGAGUGUCAGAGCCCUCACCUGGACCUGGAGCCUUUGGAGUGUGGCUGUGACGAGAUCCUGGUGUAUCAGCAAGAGAACCUUUCCGUGACUUGUGACCAAGUUGUUCUCCUUGUCAAGGAAGUCGUCAACCGCAGGUGUCCAGAGAUGGUCUCCAACAGCCGGACGUCCUCCACAGAGGCUGUCGCAGGCAGCGCUCCACUAUCCCAGGGGUCUUCUGGGAUUAUGGAGUUGUAUGGCUCGGACAUAGAGCCACAGCCCAGCUCGGUGAAUUUUAUCGAACAGCCUCCGGAUCUCAGUGAUUCUAACCAGGCUCAGGUGGAUGUGAACAUAGACCUCGUUAGCCCAGAUAGUGGGCUGGCCACUAUUAGAAGCAGCCGUUCGUCCAAGGAGAGCUCAGUGUUCCUCAGUGAUGACAGCCCAGUGGGAGAAGGUGCUGGGUCUCACCACAGCCUUCUCCCAGGAUUUGAGUCCUAUAGCCCUAUCCCUGAAGGGGCAGUAGCUGAGGAGCAUGCACGGUCAGGAGAACACGGCGAACACUUUGAUAUCUUCAACUUUGACCCUGCACCCAUGGUUUCUGAGCAAUCCCAACCAUCUUCCCAUUCUGCUGACUUCUCCCCAGAAGAUGACUUCUUCCCCAACAGUGAUUCCUCAGGAGGACAGCUCCCCACUGGGCCUAAGGGAUUUGAUGAGAUAGAGAUCCACCCGGCUAGUUAUUUGUCCACAGCUGGCAAAGAGAGCCUUGUCGAAUUUGAUGAGAAGUUUUCCCAGAGACAAGAAAGUCCCACGGGUAACUCUGAAAGAAAUGUGAAUGUGACAGAUUUUAUGAGCGAUGACUCUCCUUCACCAGAAAGGUUAAAAAAUAUUGGAAAGAGAAUUCCACCAACACCUACGAACAGCUUUGUAGAAAGCUCACCGUCUACUGAAGAACAAGCCCCACUCGAGUCAGAAGAUGGAAGGCACAAUGUAGUCGACAGUGGCCACACAAAACCAGCCAAGGCCCGUGUGAGAUGCAGCAGCUGGUGGGGGGGUGUUGAUAUUGACCCUAAAAAUAUGACAGAUGCAUGGAGUUCCAGUGAACAGGAAUGUGUUUUCCAGAGCCCCGAGUCAUGGAAAGGCCAUAAACCAAGUCCCGCAGAAAGGAGAUCCUCUGAUUCUGUAUUCCAGCUCCCAAAUCUCGAAUUCUCAAAAUCAGGUACUUGGCACUCUGAAUUUGGCCAACCGGGACGAGGUAACAGUGAGAAUCAAGACCAAACCGAAGAGAACUUGCAGCUUCCAAACCUGCCCACUGAGAAGUCCCAUUUGCCGGAUGCUUCUCCUCUGAGACCAAACCACCUGAUAGAAGACUUCUCUGCUUUGUGGCAUUCUGAACAAUCCCCAACGGCAAUGCCUGAGCCGUGGGGAAACCCUGCAGAUGAGAGCGAAGCCGGGGCGGUCGGGGCAUUCCCUGCCUGGAGUGCCUUUGGGCAAGAAGGUGAUACUAAAGCCUUGGAAAAGACCUGGAAUCUGCACCCCGUGAGUGGUGAAGCCCUUGCUGUGAUGAACCCGGAUGAGGGGGCCAUGGCAAAAAGGGGAUUCUCUUUUCCUUCAGAAGACCUAGUAGACCAGGCACCUGGUGGGGAGAAUAAUGAAGCCGCUUCAGAAACCUGGGGCAGGAAGAACAGGCACUCCAGUUCUGGAAACCCCUGUUCGAAUAUGCAUUGGGCAUGGAGUCCAUCUAAGCCACCAGAGGAAGAUCAGGGCGGUUUAGUGGGCCCCAACAGCCGGGGCCAGGUGCAUGAAAAGCUAGACUCUUGGAACCUUUUUGAGAACAGCGUCAAGAAAGGGAGAUCAGAGAUUCUAGCUCCCUGGGAAGAUUCUUUCUUAUACAAAUGCUCUGAUUACAGUGCAUCCAACUUAGGUGAGGAUUCUGUGGCCUCCCCCUUGGACACCAACUAUUCCACCUCUGACUCUUACACAUCGCCAACAUUUGCUGGAGAUGAAAAAGAAGCUGCAAACAAGCCAUUUGAUAAAGAGGAAGGCUUCGAGUUGAAAAAUUCUAACUCCACCACUGAGGAGGCCCAAAUGCCCCCUCAAUCGCCAGAGCAGUCCCCUAGAAAUCGAAUUAGCUCAGGACCUGCGAAUCUAGCAAUGUGGGCUUCGCCACAUACAGGUAACUAUUCUGAGACAAACAUGGCUUAUAGCUCAGAUCAGGAUUUCCAGCAGCCCGAGCACGCAAAUGAUGCGAACGUCUCGGUGGAGGGUGACGUUGGGGACAGCAGCCAGUCCAGCUAUGAGGACCCGAGGAUGAUGCAGCUGUACAAUGAGACCAAUCGACAACUCACACUUCUACACAGCAGCACCAACUCCCGGCAAGGGAUGCCUGACAACCUGGACUUGUGGAACCGAGUCAUUCUGGAGGACACUCAGUCCACUGCCACCAUCUCUGAUGUGGACAACGACUUGGAUUGGGAUGACUGCAGUGGAGGGGUGGCAGUCUCCAGUGAAGGCCAAACACAAGGAUAUGUGGUAGAAGGUACUGAAUCAGAAACCCGAUUUUCAGUGAGACAGCUAGAACCAUGGGGUGUGGAGUAUCCAGAAGCAAAUCAGGUAGACUGGGAACUUCCUGCCUCUUCUCAACCCAACAAGGACCCUGCUGCCAAUAAAUAUCUUACACUGAAAGAGAAAAGUGGACAGCUCGUUGCAAACAGCAUUUGGGAUUCUGUCAUGAGAGAUGACGACAUGUCAUCCUUAAUGCUACCCAGCUCAUCACGUAGUAUAGAUUCAGAGCAAAGCAAAUCAGUUCCUGAAAGUCCUGGUUCAUCAGGAAAUGUUCAGGACCAUCACAUCCUAGAUGCGCUUGAUCCCUGUGAAGUCGGUCAGUCCGAAUCGCUUACACCUGACCCUGACAACCAGGACGUGAGGAGGAGACCCUUGCAGGAUGAUGCCGCCCCCUUGGUGAUCAGGCUUGAGAAGCCAGGGCAUCUUCCACAUUCAGACCUGUGGAAGGAUCACAGCUCUGGGCAGAGUGGAAGUGUGGAUGAGGUCGGUGCAGCUGCUGACCGAGAGGACCUGCAGGAGGAGGUAAUAAGCUCGGAGGGGGACAGUGCCCCAGAGCGUUCUGGAGAAGGAGAAGCCGAGCAGGAACUUUCCUCUCCAGUAGCAUCCGAGCAUCCAGAAAUCUGCAUGGAGUCAAGCAAAGUCAGCUCUCCUUCGGGUACGGCCAGUCCUCAGGCCGAGGAACCAGAGGGAGACUUAGAGCAGGAGCAGGGAUCUUACCAUCUGGAUUCCCAUGAUUUCCAAACAGGAAUGUCUACGACUAACCUGCAGGCAAAAGAUACCUGUGAAAAGUGGCCCCUGAACCACAGAAAUGUGAGCGAGUCUACUGAAGAUACCAGAAGGAUGAGUGUAACAGAAAAUGUAACUUUAUCUGAAAUGGAUCUGGAAAAAAUGGAGGAGGGGAACAUUCUGGAGCCAGAGAGAAGGAAUGAAGGGCCACCUCGUGGAUUUCCUCAAAGCCUUGGGGAUGGCCUGAAAGAGGAUGAUGUGCAGUUCAAUUGCACAAGUGCUGAGAAGACUAAGAAUCUUGAAGUGACGAGUAUCAAAAGUAGCCUUCCAGAAGAGAGUUCACCCGGUCAGAAUGGUAAAGGUGAAUGUGCACAUUCCAGUGCAUCUAGCCCAGAUCUGAAUGAUUCUUCAGCAGCACUGGUUUCCUGGAGUCACCCAGCCAGCCCUGAGCACGCUAAAGAGAAUCAAGAGGACUGGAGUAGACAGAACCAGGAAGACUCCGAGGUAGUUCCCCCUGGUGGCCAAGGAGAAGUCAUUACUGAGACGAGGGCCUUGGAAACAAACAGAAUGGAAGGAUUUGAAAAGAACUUUGAGUGCAAAGUACCUACAUUUUUAGAGAUUUGGAAUUAUUCCGUAGAUGGUGAUUCUUUAUCCUCUUUAUCCAGCCCUGAAACAGGCAGAUAUUCUGAAUAUUCAAGUGCAUGUCAGGAAAGAAAUCUUGUGAUUAGCCAUCAGGAGAAUAAUGAGUGUGACAUUUCUGAAACUGUGCAGCCACGGGAUGCCAGGCCCAUCUCAACGAGCUCAGGCUCUGAUGAUGAUUGUGCAGAUGAUGAAGAGUCUGUGGAGAAAGAGAUCCAUUUGACUACUUGCCAAGAUGCUCAGAGUAGAUCCAGAGCUUGGGACUCAUUGGACGACUCUAAUCAGUCCUUGACCACAGCUGAUCUCCACAUUCAAGAAUGUUCUGAACAUACAGGCAGUUCAGAACCAGAAGAGGAUGAGAAUAGGUCAAAUCCACUCCACAACAAUCAACAAAGUAGCCUAGAUCACUGGAAUUUCUCACCACCAUUCGAGUCUUUGGACAAAUCUAGUAUGUUCUUGGGCACCCCUGAUCCCACUGGUCAGAAAUGCUCUGAACAUACAGGCCGUUCAGAGCCAGCAGAGGAUGAGAAUAGGUCAAACCCAUUCCACAAUGACCAACAAGGCAGUCCUGGUCACUGGAAUGUCUCAUCACAAUUAGAUUCAUUGAAUGAUUCUGAUAAAUUCUUAGCCCAGGCUGGUCUCGAUGUAUCUGAAUAUUCCGAAUAUGUAGGCAGUUCAGAACCAGGAGAGCGUGAGAAUAAGUCGGACUCUUCCCAAGAUGAUCCACAAAGUAGCUCCAAUCUCUGGGAUAACUCACCACAAUUAGAGUCACUGAAUGAACCUGAUAAACCCUUGGCCACAGCUGAUCCCAAUACUCAGGAAGGUUUUGAAUACAUAGGUGGUUCAGAACCAGCAGAGAAAGGGAGUAAGUCAAACCCACUCUGUGAUGAUCAAGAAGGCAACCCUGAUCACAGUCCUAUCUCACCACGAAAGGAGAGUGAAAUGCAGACGGCAGCAGUGGCUGGGAAGAGAAAGUCUUCUACUGAAACAGUGGACAUACGGGAUACUCCAUGGCAAACAUCUCCCCAAACUGAACUAUGGGCUGCAAACAACUCUGCCUUGGAAGUGCUUGGCUUCUCAGCUGAGAGUGUGGAGUGGUGGGCUGCCUCUCCACAGGAAGGCAGAGCAAUUGAGCAGACAUGUGAAGGGCAACUUUCAAACUCGAUGGAUGUGUUAGAGAUGAAUUCUUCAGCCUACCAACAGGUAGAUCCCUGGGGAGUACCCCUUCAUGAUGGUGCAGAGCCCAUGGGAACACCGUGCAUUAACCCUUUCGAGACUAAGCAUCAGUCCGCCUUUCUGGACAGUCAUGGGAAGGACUCCCAUGAACUACUUUGGAACAUUCAGCCAAAAGAGCCCGACUCAGAUGCUGAUGAGUGUAACCAACUAGAAACACUGGACCAAACGAAAGAAAGCGACCCCAGAGAGCAAAGCUUCAUCUCCACAGCGGGCGAUGAACUCGCUUCUGAAACAUAUACCCAAGAGCCGUGUCAGGAUCCCACAGGGCCAGACAGGGACCAGCCAUACCCAACAUUUACAGGUGAGAAUGAAUGUGUUAUGUCUCACGUUGCAACGUUUGAGUGCCAAGAAACAAAUUGGUGGGCAGGAGAAAAAUCACCCAGCAGUGAAAUGACAAAUUCAAGCCUUGCCUCAGAAAAUGCCCCUGUUGCCAGCGCACCUAGUCAAUUGAUAAAUAAAUCAGGCUCAGGAUGGCAGGCCUCUGCCCCUAGUGAGGGCUCUCGGGGUACAUUCGUUCCAGAUAUUUUACAUGGCAAUUUCCAGGAGGCUGGGCAGCUGGCCUCUGCAUCCCCUGAUUUGUGGAUAGAUGCGAAGCAGCCCUUCAGUUUGAAAGCAGAUGGUGAAAAUCCUGAUAUACUGACGCACUAUGACCAGGAUAGCAACUUGGAGGCUCCCAGCAGCCCUGAUGUAUGCCAUGACCCUGAAGCAAAGCAGGAGUCUGAGCACCACCCCGACACUCGGAUGGGCUCUGAAGCCGAGCCCAGGGACAUAUAUGUCAUCGAGCCAAAGGCGGAUGAAGACUCUAGUCAGGAGCCUGGGCAUACAUGUGUCCCAUAUGAUUCAGGACCAUAUUCUAAAGAUGCCUGCACCCCACUGCCUGAAAGCAGCCAACUAACAAAUAGGCAUGGCGUGUAUCCGCUUGCCUCUUGUAGAGUCUCUCUGGAACCUUCGGAAGUAAAUGAUGACAAUAAUGCAGAUUUACAAGGAACAAGCUCAGAUGGAGCACCAGCCUUGGAACCUUUGGGCAGAACGGUCCCAGUCACUGAAAUUGUGGGAACCAAUAUUUUCGUGACUCACCCAGACCCCUCUCUGGAUGGCAAUCACCAUGGGUUCCCAGAGGGCUUUGCUCCUGGAAGCCAGCGUGAGCACCCUUCAGCUACAGAGAGCCCUGCCUCAGUCCCUGGUACUCUGCUGGUCUCGGAUAUGUGCCUCGAGGCACCUGGCUUUGACCACAGUUGCAGUGAUGCCUCUGGUCUCAACACAUCCACAGGAACAACUGACGACAUGAGUAAAUUGACAUUAUCAGAAGGCAAUCCCGAGACACCAGUUGAUGGAGAUGCAGGGAAGCACGAUAUCUGCUCAUCGGAAGCCUCGUGGGGUGAUUUUGAAUAUGAUGUAAUGGGCCCGAACAUGGAUGAAGACUUAAUGAAAGGGCCUGAUCACUUUCUCUAUGAUGCUGACCCUCCUUCCGAGGAAGAUGUCCUGAAGGCACCAGUGACACCUUUUACACCCCCUUUUGAUUUGUCCCAUCUCACAGAACCUACCCCUGGUGCUCAAAAGACCGAGGAAGCUGGGCCUGCAGAACAUGAGUCUCUAGGGAAUGAGGUCCCAGAACUAUUACUUUCUGCCCAGCUUGAUCGAAGAGGCAAGGAAAACCAUCCAGAGACCAACAGCAGUCAAGCUGGAGCCCAGCUGGUGGCGCUGCACAUUUCUGAAGACACCGAGUCCCUUUCCUGGCCUGUGAAAGGAGGCUCUGAGGUUGACUCAUCUGCACCCGAUGGCGCCGACUGGGAUGUGGAAACAGAUGACUCUCAUUCACCAGCAGGUGGAGACAUGGGACCACCAAACGGUGUCCAUAAGGGGAGAUUCGAGUUGGAAGAAGAAAAAGUAAUUCUUACCAAAGAUCCUGAGCAAUUAAAGUCCGAAUACCCAGAAGAGAGAUGCACAGAGAAGAAUGAAGAGCAUCAUGCGUUACACGUGGAUUACAUUCUCAUAACCCACGAAGAACAAUCACCUCAAAAUCCAGAGGCCUGGGAGGGAAAAGAAAGUACAUGUGGAUUAGAAGACUCUCCCACAAACUCUGAAACUCAGUUACCAAGUGUCCCAGACAUUUUUAAGUCAGCCUCUUUAAAUGAAAAAAAAGACCAGUCUUCAGAAAGAGGGGUUUUCCAAGAUGAUCAGAGGUCUUCUCCUGGAAGUCCAGGGCAAGACCACGGUUGGAUGGUCGUGGGCCACAGCGAGGUUGGUGAGCCCAUGUCAGAAGGAGGUCCCAGGCAGCUGGGAGCUGGGAUCGCCUGGUCUGGAAAGUCUGCAGAGGCGACAGAGUCAGUCUCAGAUCCCAGUCCAAGCAAAGGCUACCAGAUAGAGGUUCUAGAAGAAGUGAACCCUCUAGAGGCCUCAGUACAGGAGGAAACGUCUGCUCUGAGCAGCCAGUCGAGGAAGAGCAAGAGCGGAAGCAGGGCUGGGCCCGAGGCUGUUGUGUUGCAGGCUGUCGCCCACGACAGUGAAUGGGAAAUGGUUUCACCACAGCUGUCUCGGAAGACCGUGAUCCCUGAAUCAGAAAUGGAGGAGGAAACAGAGUUCCUUGAACCAAGCAAACCACGACCAAAUGGACACCUGCCAGAGGAUGUAGCGAUGGCUGUCCCCUUUGAGGAGGGAAUGCAGAGUCCCAGUGCUGCAGACAUGAGACCUGAACCUCCCAGUUCUCUGGAUCUUAAUGGUGUUCAUCCCAGGAGAAUCAAGCUGACAGCCCCAAAUAUCAACCUUUCUCUGGAUCAGAGUGAAGGGUCAGUCCUCUCUGAUGAGAACCUAGACAGUCCAGAUGAAAUUGAUAUCAAUAUUGAUGAACUCGAUACCCCUGACGAAGCAGAUUCUUUUGAAUACACUGGGCCUGAGGAGCCCCUGGCCAGCAAAGAGUCUGCGCAGGCGUCGGAGUCCAUCCCAGAGUACACAGCGGAGGAAGAGCGGGAGGACAACCGGCUGUGGAGGACGGUGGUGAUCGGAGACCAAGAGCAGCGGAUUGACAUGAAGGCCAUCGAGCCCUACCGAAGAGUCAUUUCUCACGGAGGAGAUUCAGGCUACUAUGGGGACGGUCUAAAUGCCAUCAUUGUGUUUGCCGCCUGUUUUCUGCCAGACAGCAGUCGGGCGGAUUACCACUAUGUCAUGGAAAAUCUUUUCCUAUAUGUAAUAAGUACUUUGGAGUUGAUGGUGGCCGAGGACUACAUGAUUGUCUAUCUGAAUGGUGCAACCCCAAGACGGAAGAUGCCGGGGUUAGGCUGGAUGAAGAAAUGCUACCAGAUGAUUGACAGACGGUUGCGGAAGAAUUUGAAAUCAUUCAUUAUUGUUCAUCCCUCUUGGUUCAUCAGAACAAUCCUUGCAGUAACACGGCCUUUUAUCAGCUCAAAGUUCAGCAGUAAGAUUAAGUAUGUCGGUAGCCUAUCUGAACUCAGCGGACUGAUUCCAAUGGAUUGCGUUCAUAUUCCAGAGAGCAUUGUCAAGUACGAUGAAGAGAAAUCUUUUAAGAGAGCUGUGAGACUGGACGAAGAACUGAGGGAGGCCUCCGAAGCAGCUAAAACUAGCUGCCUUUACAAUGAUCCAGAAAUGUCUUCUAUGGAGAAGGACAUUGACCUGAAGCUGAAAGAAAAGCCGUAGUUGCCCGUGCCUAGACGAAGAUGCUUGUCUGCAUCGCGGUCCUGUGGACUCUGAUCCACCUGCAAGAGACAGGGUUGCAGUGUUUUUUGUUGUCUCCCCACUCCACCCCCACUCCCCAACUUUGCACUUAAGCUGGGGCCAUUCUAAACUUCGAAGGGGAAAAACAGGAAGGGACUUUGUUUACUCUUAACAUGUUUUAUGAAAUUCUGUGUAUUUUCCUAUUUUGCCAAUUAUGUGCCUCAGAGAUCUUAGUUGCACCUUAGCAAGAUAGUGGGCCUUUCUUUCUCCUGUGGCGCAGAUAUUUCGUCUGCUGAUCAGAGCUAAUCCAUUAAUAAGCGAGAACGGAUUUGUUCCCCUAGGCUUCUGGGAGAUCGUUUUAGAUUAAAAUCUCAUGUUCAAAUUCAGCCCCAAAGAGUUGUCCACCCCCCCACUCGGGAAUCCUAAAUGUACUGAAGGUGUGAAAGCUCAGUGUCAAGGUUGUUAGGGAUGACUCUUUUCUAACUUCUCAAAGGGAAGCCAGGCUGUCUCUCAUUCAUAUCAAUGUUAUGUUCGUUGUUAAGUUAGCAGCGGGAGUGGUGCUCGUUGUGUGCAAGAGCUUAUUUAAAGGUUAUCAUUUCUCCGUGAGGAAGUCCACACGAGGAAGGUAGCCUGGGGCCCCCCUCCCAGAGCCCUCCGUUUGGUGACUGUGCCCCAGUCCCGGGACCGGCUCACAGUGUUGGUCUUUCCGGCCCAGCAUCUAACGGCAAGAGUAUGACGCAGGCAAUUCAGAAAUUUACAAUGCGGUGAUGUUCAGGCUGCGGUGUUUCUCUCUCAUAGGCAUUACAAAAGUCAUCUGACAUAAAACAGUCCAAUAUGAUCACAGUUUUCAAGUUAAGUAUGUACCUUGUACAAUCUACUUCCUUGAUGACUUUCUUCUGUUAGCAGGGUUUGGCUGAUAACCGCAAUGUUAAUCAUUCAAAACCACUAGCUGUUUCUCUGGGAAAACUGACAAUCUCAGAAACCCACCAGGGCAGGUCUACACUCCCCUCUGGGUCCCUGAGAGUUUGGGAAGACCCGGUGGCCGUGAGUUUGGUUUGGGUUUUAGUCUUGUAAAUGCUGACUUCAGUUCAAAUCUGUGGCGCUCCAACCAGGUCAGCCCAUGAUGCCUCCAUCCAGUUUUUGUGUGGUCUGUGAGCUAGGAAAGGUUUUCACAUGUUUACAUGGUUGUUAAAGCCAAAAUGAGACUAUUUCAUGACUCACAAUAUGUCUUCAAAUGUCAAUGCCCAUAAAUAAGGUUUUCUUGGGCCUCAGCCAUGUUCGUUUUGAUGAGUUUUCUCUGGCUGCUGUGCACUGCCCAGCUAGAACUGAGUGGUUGUGACAGGAACCAUAUGUCCCCCAGCUCAAAAUAGUUACGGUGUUCUUAGAACAAGUUUGUUGACUCUUGCACUAGCACAUAAGCCUCCGCCCUUCCCUCACCUGUAUUUAGAUACUGGUAGCUCUAACAGAGGGGACCAGGGAGAAGCGCUGUCUGUGUUGCCAUCUAUGUACCUGCAUGGCCUUGUGAAAAGGAGCUCCUGGCCACAAAAGCGCUACUGCUCAGCAUGUGUUUGCCAAAGCCAAAAUGAAACCUUCUGAGUAAACCUUCUUCCAAUGUUUUCCCCUCUCCCCAGGAAACAUUUCUGAGUCUGCAGGGUCACCUCUGAUGCUAAUGAGCAAAACUCACCACAAGUGGGGCUCCAGCAGUCUCAGGGUGGCAGCUUCCCGGGAAAGAGCUGUGAGGGACACUCAGAGCUUGGGUGCAAGCAGCCCCGAAACGCUUCAGAGCAAACACCCUUGCACGGGUGACUGAGCCUCCCUGACCUAAUUUGCUUCAUCUCGGUCUCCCAUUUACCCUCCACACAUGCGGACUGGAUGUACACGUCAGCUCUGGUACAUAACCGCGCUCGAGCCAUAGGUUUCCAUUUUCUAUCCUUGCUCCCUGUCUGUGUAAUAUCUGGUGGAAAUGUGUUCUUUGAAAACAUUUGGUUAGCCGAAUAGGGAAACUCCAGACCCCACCCUCCGUCAGGGCUAGUCUUGACCUUGGCAAACUCAAAUGAUACCUCUCCCAGAAUGUAAUGUUCUUAUAAGCUCAGUGACCCAGUACUCCAGUUUACUCACCUGGUGACAACAGUUGCCCUGGCCUAAUCUCUACUGCUCUCUGAAAUGCCCCAUUUGAGAAGAUAAAUUAUCUGUUCACCCUGGCCACAGGAAGCAAAGAAGAGACGGUGUUUCAUUCUGUGGUGUGAGCCCCAAGAUAUAGGCCAGUUGACCAAGGGCUCUUGUUAAAAGUCUAUCAGGCAAUCUCGCCUUUCACAUUUCCUGUCCAGCCUAUUUAUGUAGGCAUUAUGAUCAUCAUACAUGGACUUGACGAGUGUCUGUCUCAAACCAUGAUUUAGUUUGGGGCUAUUCUCUGGGUUGCAUAAUCAUUCUGCUAUUUAGACAUCUGCUAUUUUAUUAUCUCUUUAAAAAGACAAAUGGGUUUACUUGCAUGUGCUAGAGAAAACAAAUACCACAUAAAUUCUAUCCAAGUAAAUAGAAUCCUGCAAAGAAAAAUCCCUAAGCAGCUAGGUAGGCAGACGUACACAUUGAUGUCAUCCAGGUAUCUUGCUCUUGCGUUUUGAGCAUUCCCCCUUUGGUUCUGACUUCUGGGAAUUGCUCUGCCUUCCUGUGGAUCUUGGCUGAAGGGAACCAAAAGGUGGUUGGGGCAAAAGGAUUACUUUCCCAAAGUGGCAACUGUUUGUCAAGGAGCUCCUUGGUCGAAUGGAAGAACAAAGAGCUGCAGGAAAGAUACUGUUGAGGGAGGAGGGAGAAAGAUUGGUGGGAGGGCAGUGGUUGCGUCUGGGAAGAACCCCGAGUUGCUGUCGAAGCCGCGCAGUGUUUGAGGAGGGCUCCUUCUGUGUUGGGAAGAAGUCUCUCUUCGCCUCCAGUAUAAAAUACAUUUUCAGUUAUGCUUGUAACUUGUCACCAUGCCUCGGUUGUUUGCUCCCUUUAGAAUCUCCUAGAAAUGCAGACUAGUCUUUUGUAGGAUUUUCUACCAGGCAUCAGGUUGCACAGAAUAACGUACCGAUUAGACCUGGUUUGGGUAAAUAAAAAUUCUCCCCAAAUAGUGUGGAUUGAUACUAUAAAGACAUGUAACAAAACAACAUAUAUAGAGAGCUUCUGUAUACUUAAGAAAUAAAUUUUAAAACAUCAA